AUGAGCAAGGACAGCAGCCUGAUCGACAGCGACAGCUCCUCCGUCCUCUCGCAGGCACCCCAAAAGGAUUCCCUCAAGUCUCAAUACUGGGGUGAUCAUCCCAAGCUGUUUGCUUCGAUCUCAGCAGGGGAAACACCCGAGGAGCGCCUUCUGAACUGUACACGCUGGUUCAUAUCGACUCUCUACGGCUCCUAUUCGUCGCGCGCCACCACAGCAGGCAUGGAAAAGAAACCUUAUAACCCUAUCCUCGGAGAGCAGUAUUUUGCCCAAUGGACUGGAGACGAGGCCACAGGUGAUGUCGUCCUCACCGCUGAGCAAGUCAGCCAUCACCCUCCUAUUUUGGGAUUCCAUCUGGAGAACAAGAAGGCAGGCGUCAUCCUCGAGGGCCACUGCGGCCAAAAAUCCCGGUUCGCAAUGCCCGCAGGAAUCGAUGUCCACCAAACAGGACACGCAAUCGUGACCCUCCCCAACCACAACAACGAGACCUACUUGAUCACCCUUCCUUCACUCAACAUCCGUGGAAUCGUCACAGGUCGGCCAUCGGUCGAAUUGUCGGGGGCGACGUAUAUCGUCAGCAGUGCGGGCAUGAUGACUUCGAUCGAGUACAGCACCAGGGGCUACUUUUCGGGAGAGCGCAACAGUUUCAAGGCGACGUUGAAGCCCUUGGAUGGCGGAGAUCCUUUCUAUACUGCCCAGGGCAUCUGGAGCGGCGUGUCGAAUUAUGUCGACCUUGCGAAGGGCGAUGGCGAAUCGAAGCUGUUCUUUGAUUCGUUGGUGGAUAAGCCUGUCAAUCCAGAGGUGAAGUCCAAGGACGAAAUGGGACCGUUGGAGUCGCACAAGCUCUGGUCCAAAGUGACAGACGCGAUCAACACCAAGGACUAUGGAACUGCGUCGAGGGAAAAGUCCAAGAUCGAAGACGCUCAACGUGUGUUGGCCAAGGCCCGGAAAGAGAGAGGUGAGACCCAGGCGGAUGCGCUCAUGAUUUUCGCUUUGGUCGAUGAAGAUGCUGAUGAGACUGGGAAGGCUUUUCAGACUUUGCGGGAGGAUUUGUUUGAUACCGUUGGAGUUAAGGCCUUGCGAGAGGAUGAGACGCGACCCCAUUGGAGACUUCGCAAGUAA